CCGCGGCGACCCGGAAGCGGCCCUGCGGCGGGCGGGAGCGAGCGCGCUCGGGGCCGGCGGACCGCUCGGCUGUCGCCCGGACGAUGGCGGGGACGGCGCUCAAGAGGCUGAUGGCCGAGUACAAGCAAUUAACACUGAAUCCUCCAGAAGGAAUUGUGGCAGGCCCCAUGAAUGAAGAGAACUUUUUUGAGUGGGAGGCACUGAUCAUGGGCCCAGAGGACACCUGCUUUGAGUUCGGUGUCUUUCCUGCCGUUCUCAGCUUCCCGCUGGAUUACCCAUUAAGUCCCCCAAAGAUGAGAUUUACCUGUGAGAUGUUCCAUCCCAACAUCUACCCCGAUGGCAGAGUCUGCAUUUCCAUCCUUCACGCCCCGGGCGACGACCCCAUGGGCUACGAGAGCAGCGCCGAGAGGUGGAGCCCCGUGCAGAGCGUGGAGAAGAUCCUGCUGUCGGUGGUGAGCAUGCUGGCAGAGCCCAACGAUGAAAGUGGCGCUAACGUGGAUGCUUCCAAAAUGUGGCGGGAUGACCGGGAGCAGUUCUGCAGGGUCGCCAGGCAGCUGGCACAGAAGUCCCUGGGGCUCUGAGGCCCACCCUGGCGCACACGCAGACACGGCGCCCAGCCGUGGCCAGUGUUUCUCUGCUGAACACCUAGUGACAGUGACACUCUGUGCUGGUACCAAAAAAGGCAAGCUUGCAGAACCACAGCAUCUGUUUUUUUCCCUACCUUUCCCGCUCCAAACAGGCUUCUCUUCUGAAAUUAUGAUUCAUGUAGGAUGACAGCUGGAUGCAGUUUUACCGUAUUCCUGGCAAGGCGGUUCGGGUAGAUGGUGAGAGCCGUCCCCGCCUCCUCUCCCUGCCGGAGCGGAGCGCCCACGGUCAGCGGCUUCCCUUUGGUCGCGGUUGUGAGGGCGUGUGUGCGCCGCACUCCAGGGGGCUAGAACCAGUAAUGCUCCUUCUGAAGAAGCGGCCGCGCAGCCAAAGCAGAGGGGGGCGGGACGGCUCUGCAGGGGCCCCGUUCCUGUGUGUCCAGGAGGGGGACGCAGCUUCGUUCCCGUGCUUUAUAGUACUUCAUACGUGUUCUCCUUAUAAUCUCGUUACGUCUUGUUUGUUUUGUUUGUUGUGUAUCACAAACUAUAGGAGUUUUCAGGAAAUAAAUGCUUUUUAAAAAUAUGGA